UUGAUGGAUUUCAUUUUGGUUGGAAAAACCAAAGUUUGGAACCUCGUAACCUGCAAAACGAAUUCUAUCAAAUCGGGGCAGCUAUAUAAAGGCUCCCUCAGCGCUGUUUUGUCGUGUCUUCCACCUCACAGUUCUGUACAGGUGUGCCGGCACGAUGAAGGUGUUCGUUUUGUUCCUUGCCCUUUGCCUCGUCGCUGUCCAGGCGAGUCCCUAUUACGGAUACAGAAGUUACAAGCAAUACUACCCCAGUUAUUAUGGGAAAUACCAUUACCCUUUGAAAUACUACAAGAACUAUUAUCAUCGACCUUACUACCACCAUUACCGCCGUUACCGACCCACAUACAGACGAUACCACCACGGGUAUCCCUACAAAUACAACUACAAACCCUACUACAGCAAGCACUACUAUUAACUUCUGGUCGAAUAUAGGCGAUGAAGAACAGCGUUUCCACUUGAUGAAAGGUGGAUUGAUAUGUGUUUAUGAAAUAAAGUAUUUCCAAAUA